UUGAUGCAGCAAUUGUGGCUCUCCCGGCCAAAUCUUUUUCCAUGCGCUUACAGAAACCGCGCCGUCUCACCCCUUCAGGUUGAAUUUCAUGAUUUUGAUGCAGCGGCCACGGUAUGAGGUACUGGGGCGGCAUGAAGCUGUGGUAGACCGGUACAACCAGUUGCAUCGCUUGGUGGAUGACAAUUCCCCCUUUCAACAGGAAAAGAAGUCUUUUUGGGACCAUCGCCGUCGGCAACUGCUACAGUCCCAGGAGGAGAUCAGGGCUCAGAAAGACCAGAACCGCAGACAUUUGUCACAACUGGAGUUCAAUUAUGAGGAACUUCGCCAGGAAUAUGACCUGUUGAGGCAGAGGAGUUCGUUGGGUUUGAGGAGUCAUCAGCUUCAUCUUGCCGCCGCAGCUGAACGACGGAUCCUGGAUGAUUUGUACCAUGUGGAGGGCCAGAGACGUGUGCUGCAGCAAAAGCAAGCCUUGCUGUUGGAGGAUGAGAAUCGGGUCAGCGCUAACCUUCAGACUUUGGAGCGCGACAUCGAGAAUUUUCGCCUGUCUCUCCAAGCUCAGAGCUCGCAGGGCUCGCAGGGAAGGCCACGACCUGAAUCUGCUCCGCGCUUUAGAUCUACCAUGGAUUCAUAUCAAGCUGGUUCCUUGAGGCCUUCCAGAAUUGCACCAGCUCAGCCCAGCCCACAGUGGCCGCCCACCUGGGACGACCCUGGCAUGGGAGCCCUUGGGAGGGACUUGAACUCCCUGGGAUCUCCUGUUCGUCAGCAGAGUGCUCCGCAGCACUCUCUUCUCAAAUCGGAGCCCCGCAACCAGCAGGCGCUCCCAAGCUUGGCAGCUUGGAAACCGACAGCCUCCUUGGGCUCCUCCUUGGGCGAGGGAAGGCGAGAAGCCGCGGCUUUCAGCCCAUCGCCUUCGCCCCACACCAGUCCGGUGGCCAUGCGAACUUCGCCCAUCUCCAGCCCCGUGGCCCAGGCUGCUCCAGUGCUGCCGGUGGCGCCAGAGGCAGCUGAUGCGGCCAUGAUUUCUUUGGGGAGUCCGGCAAUGCGAAGUGACCCACUCAGGGAGCGACUGGAAGAACAUGAGUUGCAAGAAAUGCAAGUCUUAGGAGAUGGCAACUGUCAGUUCCGUGCCCUUGCAGAUCAGCUUGCUCCUUACUACGACCAAAGGUAUCACGAUCAAGUCCGAGCUCUUGUGGUCCAACAAUUGCGUGCGUACCCUGAGCGGUAUAGCCCUUUUGUGACGGAGGACUACGAUGAAUGGGUGGAUCGCAUGGCUGCCGAUAAAGAGUGGGGAACUGAGGUGACUUUGAGGGCUGCAGCUGAUGCCUUUGGAGCGGAGAUUCACGUCUUUGCAGAUAAUUUGGGUGAAGGCCAGUUGUACAGUGCUUAUGAACCUUCAGAGAAGAAGAUGAGCAAGCUGGUGCGCUUAGUGUUUCGUUCCAACCGCGGUGAUAGCGGCCAUUACAAUUCGGUGGAAGGCAUUUCAAAGUGAGACUGUUGAACUUUUGGCAGCUCAGCUGCUUCUGUCCUCGCCUUGCUUUUGGCACAAGUUGUUGAUUAUUGACGGCCGAUCUUGGCAGAAAGUAAUGUAUACUGCACAUAUUACAUUAAUUAAUCUAGACUGCUAUGAUACACCAAGGUCACCAAAGUAUACAUAUUGGCGACCUAAGCUGUUAUAAGAUCUGGGUCAGAUUUCUGUGCUCCGGCGGCCGCUGUGUUUAAAUAAUCAUAGAAAGCAGUUUCUACCCCGUUGGGUGUGACCCUCCCUAUCUGAGGGUGGGAGAAGGUCAGUC